CUCUUUCGUUCUUCUUCCCAUGCAUUGUAUUGCGUCAUUAAUAUACUGUGCACGAUGUGCCUCAUACGUUCAAGAAAGCGGAUCGAUAGAUACUAACAGACGACGUAGACUGUGCAACAGGUGCAAGAACAUAUUUGAAUAUCAACAUCUGGACGCAUCACUCCGUUGCUCAUUCAUUUCUUUUUUGGUGGAAAAUAUUGCUGUACAAGUCAAGACUGUGCACUUUUUUUUCUCAAAUAACUUUUUUUGAUAGAAUCGAGAAACAAUGAGCUGUCUCAAAAUUUCUCAAUAUAAAAUCAAUAUUUCCUCUUUAUCAUCACCAUUGAAACGGAAAACAACAAGAAAAUUUGGAGAUGACGCAUAUGAUUCACCUAAAUACUUCAUGGAGGGUAAUCCAACGACUACAAGUACUUUUGAGAUGGGAUGCGAUUUUGACAGCAUCAACGACGAAAAUGAUCCAUUCGACAAAAGCAGCAUGAACGAAGAAAGUAUUUUGGCCAGCUCAAAUCAAAAUUCGGCAUUGAGUUUGCUCUCUGCUCCGUCAUCAAUUGCGAGAAAUAAAGUUUUGGCAUGCAGCACACCAAAAGAUCACUUAGAAAUUGAUAGAGAUUUAUUUAAAACUAGCCCCAUUGAAGUGCAUGGCAACCUUCGAACCUAUUCACCAAAACGGCUGUGCCAGGACAAACGAAUUAUUUUUCGAAAUCAAAAAAUCAGAAAUAUGGCAAUUCACAGCCCUGGGACUGAGAACAUUCGAACUUCUUAUUUCACUAGACAAAAUCGGCCUAUAAUCGAAGCGAUGCAUAGAGAAGAAAAUAUGGAGUACGAACUCAAAAAGCAACGGGCUCAAAACCGCGAAAAGAACAUGCAAUUUUUCAAUGACCACAUUUUCGAGUUCUUUCUGGCUUCUAUUGUCAGUAUCUGGCAAAUCUUCUACACUUUUAACGUGAUUCCAAGCACAAAUGUUUUUGUUUUCUGCGUGAAUAUUGCGGUAUGCGGAAGCUUUAGUAUCAUGUACAUGAUCCCAGUAGCUGUAUGGUGGGGAACUAUCAUGUGCAGUCUGAUAGUCUACUUGUCGUUUGCUUGGCUCUUUGGAGCAACAUGCAACUUUGCAAUGUUCGCAGCUGCUGCCAUUUUUACCAAAGCCAUUGCUACAGUGAUUCAAGGCAUUGUAUGUCUUGUUGAAUAGUUUUGCUCAAGCUUAUGGAUAUACUUGUUUUAUUUCGGCAAUGUUGUUAAUCUCUUCAUAUUUUUACUCGACUAGCAUUUUUAUCUCUGCAUAAUGGUAUCGUAAUGUCGUAAUUUUUUGAUACGCUGACUACAAGACGCAUUGAUGUAUGAAUACGUAUCUCGAUACUAAAUAAAAUGAUUAUAAUAGCAAUAUUUAUCUUCGUGGCAAUGGUUUUUUUUUAAAUUUUUUUGUAAGCAGAAAACAUAAUAUUCAAGAAUCACUCCUUAAAUUUCCCAAAAAAAAAAACUACGAGUUACGAAGAUUAAUUUUUCUCACAACGAGAAGUAUCCGAUUAAAUCUUUUAAGUGUGCGUAUCAGACAAUUGUGCGUUCCCGAUACCUUGUAGUGCCUUUUAUCGCAUAUCAGCAAUACUAAUUUAUUAUCAAACAACAAUAAAUCUUGUCAUCUU